UUUAAAUUGUCAGAAUAAAAACUCAACAUGAUAACUAAGAAAGUACAUGUAAGUGUAUUCGAGGGAAAAAAAGUUCUGAAUCAAGUUCCAUGCGCCAUGUUGCUGAUUAUUCACCAAACAAUGAACAAAAAUGUUGAACAGUUACAACUCGAGACACAAUCAGUUUAAACUAGUUGAGUUCCAAUAGCAAUCAAAAUGAUACUAUUAACUUUUAAUCAGUGAAUUAAAUUAACCCGGAAAGUGAUCAAAUAAUAAUCAUAAUUUUCAUAAUAUAAGUUCAACAAUAAUAACCCAAUGAAAACUGUUUCAUUAAAAAAUAAAUUGUUUAGAGUUAAAUUGAUCAAAAUCAAUAAUAAUCAUCAUCUUCAUCAUCUUCAAAUAGUAACAAUUAAUUUUAUUUUCAUUAACUAAUAAUAAAUAUUACGACCAUGUAGUUAUCAACAAUUAGAAACUGAAUUGUCAACAAAUCAACACAAUUAAUGGUUAAUUGUCAAAGUGUUUCGAUAAAUGUUUCAAGUUAAUAUGAACCUGAUGAUUUUGAUUACAAUCAAGUAAUCAAUCAAUCGACAAUUAAAUGAAUCCUGAAAGGAAAAUGUCAAUUAUCGUUUGGAUUGGAACAGUUUUCUCAUUAGGAAUUAUAUUAUUAUUCAUAAUAUCAUUUUCCCUUUAUUGUGAUCCAAUUAAAUCAACUACUGGAAACCAGAAUACGAUAUGUUUAACUGCUGAUUGUGUGAAAACAGCUUCAUCUCUAUUAAGUUCAAUGGACACUUCGGCUGACCCUUGUAAUGAUUUCUUUCAAUAUGCAUGCGGAAGUUGGAAUAAGAAACACAUAAUUCCGGAAGAUCGUUCAUCGAUCAGUACAUUUGAAGUUCUGGCUGAAAAUCUUCAAAUUAUUUUAAGAAAUCUUCUUGAGGAACCGGCUUCAAGUCAUGAUAAUAGUGCAACAAUUAAGGCUAAAAUCUUUUACAAAUCAUGUAUGAAUAUUGAGGAGGUUGAUAAAGUGGCUGAUGUCCCAUUGAAAAAGACACUCAGUGGACUUGGAGGAUGGCCAGUGACCAAUAAGAGCUGGACAAAGCCCAGUUGGUCAUUCGAGGAGUUGUUAGGUAAAUUACGAGGUGAUUACAAUCAAGGAAUCAUAAUUGAACAAUGGGUUGGGGUGGAUGAUCGUAAUUCAUCAUUACACAUAAUCCAGAUUGAUCAAAUGUCAUUGGGUUUACCAAGUCAAGAUUAUUAUCUUAAUCCAAGUAGCAAAAAGGAUAAGGAAGCUUAUCUCAAACUAAUGGUGGAUAUUGCGAUUUUGCUUGGCGCUGAUUCUGAUUAUGCUAAAUCGCAAAUGCAACAAGUUUUAACCUUUGAAACUAAACUUGCCAAUGCAAGUCUUCCCGAAUCCGAGCGUCAAGAUACAAGCGCAAUUUACGCUAAAUUAACAAUCCAACAAUUAACUGAUUUAAUUCCAGAAUUUAAUUGGCUACUUUAUCUAAAUACCUUUUUACCUGUAAAGGUAAACUCAAGUGAGCCCCUUGUGGUCUACUGUAUGCCCUACCUUUUAAAUCUGAAAAGUAUUCUAAUUGAAACCGAGCCUCAUGUAUUAUACAAUUACGCCAUUUGGAGAUUAGUUAAUUAUGUCACCAUUUACAUGGGAGGUGAUUAUCAAAAUCGACGAGGUGAAUUUCGUAAAGUAAUUGCCGGUAUAACCGCUGAGAGAUUAAGGUGGUCAUCGUGUGUAGAAAUGAUCAACAAGCGCCUUGGAACCGCCGUUGGGUCUUUAUUCAUUCGAGAAAAUUUUGACCAUGAAAGUAAACGAACGGCAUUAGAGAUGAUUCAUAAUAUUCGUAUAGCUUUUAAUGAAUUAAUCGAUGAAAAUGAUUGGAUGGACAAUGAGACGAAAAUAGUUGCAAAAGAAAAGGCAAAUGCAAUGAAUGAACGUAUUGGUUACUCUGAAACAUUAACUAAUUCAGUUGAAGUAUCCAAAGAAUAUGAAAAGCUUCAAGUUUAUGAAUCGCAAUUCUUGUUAAAUAUUUUACUACUUCUUAAAUUUGAAUCAAUGAGAAAUCUUGAGAAAUUAAGGAAACCCGUUGAUAAGGACAAAUGGACAACCGAACCCGCAGUGGUCAAUGCAUUUUACAAUCCAAAUAAAAAUGAUAUCGUUUUCCCGGCGGGAAUAUUACAACCUAAUUUUUAUAGUCACUUUUAUCCAAAGUCACUCAAUUAUGGAGGAAUCGGUGUGGUCAUUGGCCAUGAGAUUACUCAUGGAUUCGAUGCUAAGGGUCGACAGUUCGAUAAAGAUGGAAAUCUGAAAGAAUGGUGGAACAACGCAACAGUUCAGACAUUUUACCAACGAACUCAAUGUAUCAUUGAUCAGUAUUCGAGUUACGUUCUUCAAGAAGUUGGCCUUAACAUUAACGGUAAAAUGACCCAAGGCGAAAACAUCGCAGAUAAUGGUGGCUUAAAACAGGCAUAUAGAGCCUUUAAAAAAUGGGAGAAACACAAUGGAAAAGAACCACUGUUACCAGGCUUAGAUCUUAAUCAUGAUCAACUUUUCUUUCUUAAUUAUGCACAGAUCUGGUGUGGAUCUAUGAGAUAUCAAGACGCUUUGAGUAAAAUUCGUACCUCAGCUCACAGUCCUGGACCAAUAAGAGUUCUUGGACCUUUGUCAAACUCUUACGAUUUCGCUAGAGCAUAUAACUGUCCAUUAGGAAGUCGAAUGAAUCCGAAAAAAAAGUGUUCAGUUUGGUAAACAAUCAAAAUCGAAAGAAAUUAAAUUUAAUCCAGUUAAACAAUUUAACGUAAAUUCAAUCAACUACCAAUUAGCAAAUCUUUUAAUUAAACCAAUCAAACAUCACCAACAAGAGCAACAGAAAGAAACAAUUAGUUUAAAUUGUUACAAUUAAUCAGCAAUACAAUUAAAUGUAAGAAAUAAUUUCUUUUAUAAAAAAAAUCAAUCUUAUAUAAUUAAUAAUGAUCUAAAUUAAUUGUGAUUAGUUUUUCAUCAUUUUAUCAUGAUAAUUAUCAUAUGAUAUUAGUUUUAACAGCGAAAGUUAUUUAUCAUUGAUAUUGAUUAAUUAGCAAUAGAAUUAAUUUUUCUGCCUAGUUAAUUAACCUUCAAUUAAAUCAAAUUAUUUCGGUGUCAAUCGGGUCACUAAUUAAAAACCUAAAAAACCAUUUAAAUUAUUGAUUGUUGGUUUAAUUGUAUUAGAAAUUAAUUAUUUCUCUAUGUCAAUGUACAUUAAUAAUCAUUUUGACUUUUUAAUUGUCAAUUGCGUUAAUCAACAACUCGAAACUUAAUUGUAAUCACAUUUGUAAAUUACGUUUGUAGUUAUUAAUAAUUGAUACGAA